AUGGCAGAAGACCCCGUUACUGCUGAAAAAUUGCUUAAAAUCUCUGAAAAAGAUAUCCUUUCAUUAGAAAUGAACAAGAGCGAAUCUUACAAUCUUAAAUCCUGUGAAGUGGACGAAGAUGAUGUCACAAUUAAUGAAAUUUUAUCAAAGAAGACUAAUGAUAAUCCUUUGCUUAAAUAAAAACAAAAAAGAGAAUCUGACAGUCCAGAACUCAGGAGUAACUCUUUAAGAAAAACUCAUCCCUACCUUUGCUGCUAGGACUACACCUAUUCCCAAUCCGUGAAGCAGAGCCUGAGGAUGAAGAGACUGGCAAAAACAAGCUGCAUAACAAGGAAGAAUCUAAAGAAGAGUUUCAUAACUUAAUUGCGUUUCCUAAUAGAAAGUACAGGGGAAGACUUAAAAUGCAGAAGAAGAAGCUGGCCAUGCUAAAAAAGGGUCUAACCAACAGAGAGGGGAAAACGAAGGAGAAUUCAACAUGGGGCCACUCCCGAGGUGUUAAGUCUCUGAGUUUUGACGAUACAAUGAAAGAGUUAUAACCAUGUCAUGUUUUCC